AUGGAUUUUGCUGACGUAUUGACAUGUAUCUACGUCCAGGACCCAUCAUACUUUAAGGGCAAGACCCCUUUGUACACUGGCACCAUUGAUGACCUCAACUUUAGCACCGACACGGACGGGAUGCUACUCAACCUAGGCGCAGUGCCCAUCAACGCCAGCCAAAUUGCCGUUGUCGCGCAGGGUUACUUCCGGGCCAAGCACACCGGCAGCUACUACAUCGGGUCGACGGGUUUUUCCACUGACGAUUGGGCCUUCAUGUGGACCGGUAAGAAGGCAUUUCAGGACUGGGAUCUCGACAAUAGGGACGGCGAGGCGUUUGGCCACCGGCUGGUCGUCAAUGAAGACAUGGGCGUCCAGUUGAACAAUCUCGACGAAGGCCAAUUGGUCCCUUUUACCUACCUGUGGAUCAAUUACCUCGGCGCAGGGCAGAGUAACUUUUUUAUUGAUGAUGCUCUGAGCUUUGACCUGAGCUUUGACAACCAGGGCUGGUUCAUUUGGGACUGUGAUCCGAAUGCUUUCACCAUUUGA